AUGAUUUUGCACAUGCUUGAUGAAAUCCCUGACAUCUUUCGGUAUGAUGGACGGAGAUUGACUAUGUGGGAUCAAUCACAUAAUCCUGUGCGUUUUUUAUUCUUCUAGCCCACCUCGAGCCGUCGUAUACUAACAAAAUCGCUUAAUGCGCAGAAUGUACAACCCCUUGCGACGUAUGUUACUAAUCCCCGAUUUUUUGCCAUAAAUAUAUGCGGUACGUCUGUGCUAUGCUGUAUAAGCAGUUUUAGCCCCGUGGCAAACAUUUUUCGGCAGUUGCGAACAAUUUACCUAAGUGAUCAGAAAAUUUUGUCCACCCUUUUUUUGAAAAUGUCGAAAAAACUGCCCUUAAAGUGCAAGGAUGGAAUAUUCCGUUUUACCAAAUGUUUUGCACCUCUUCUUGAUAGGGCAGUUAAAAUUUGGAACAUGUAGCUCAAUUAACAGCCCAGCUAAAGGGUGGUCAGAGAGAUAUGUCCGGGAGUAUAGUACUGUAAAGAGGUAAUUUUUUAAAACUUUUUUCCGCAGUAAUCGAUUUAGGGGUUUUCAAUAUUGCUGAUUCCGAAAAUCCUGUGCAUUUUCUUUGCUUUGAAAGCUGCGCCUGUGGUAUUCAAAAAACGAAAUCGGGUUUCAUGUUACAGUAAUCCAUGACACGUAACUUAACAAAAAAAUGCCAAAAAAUCGUGUUUUAAGCUGGAAGGUUCCAAUUUGUUUCAUUCAGGUUGAGGAAUUCAUGAAGACAAUUGGUUGUGUUUAUGAUGACAAAAAGCCAUGGGAUUGUCAAAAGAUCAAGUCGAAGGUCCAGAGAACUGUGCAUCCCAUCUUAACGCAUCAUACUGUUCACUGUACAGAACCCUUGACUCAGACCAUGACCAAAAUUCCAAAAGAAGGCAUUUCACAUGUAAGAUUGCUAUCUCAGCCUUCUAAGAUCGUUUUUAGUUAGUUUGGUCCGAUUGGUCUCCGUGUAUGGUGGAUGGAAGAAAGUACAGGUUCAGAAUCCUACCCUUCAACGUUUACUUUGAGAAUAACCCCGCACUCUUCAAGAAACUGUAUCAAGGGAAACGAUGUUAA